CUUGCAUCUUGCCCAAGAAAUCUACCACGAUGUCACCUUCUAACCAAGUUGUCGACAAAGAAGGAAUGCCCAUCCAUGUGGGAGAUGAAGUGUCGUGCCGCGCUCGUGGAGGGAAGCAUGUGGGAAAGGUUGAGAAAAUCGUGUACACCAAAGAAGAGGCAGAGGAAGAGGGAGUAAAGAACCCUCCAAAGGUCAUUUAUACCGACCAACACGGACACCGUGUAAACCACAAUCCUGGCACCCUCGUUCAUGGAGAUCCCUUCUAACUCGAUGGAACAAACAAGCGUCACAGAGCGAGGAAUGACUUAUUGAAUUUAUUUCGGUUCUUUGAAGAGAUAUCGUACAGAUUGUAUUUGUAUCUUGUUCAAAUCCAUUUCGCAAAGCAUAA